AUGUCAACCCGCAUGGGUCAAGAUCAGUUCCCCGACAUUUGCACUCCACGCCCUGGAGGAUAUCCUCUUCAAACCAGACAUUAUCCAUCAGAGCAUGAGUGUCCCGCUCUAAGCAUUCGCUGGGAAGAAUCCAUAACCCACCGCCAACUUCCGCGCUUGGUGCUGCACGGCAAUUCCUCCAAUUGGGAUAAUAUCAGUGAUGAUGGGAUCUUCCUUCUGGCAAUUCGUAACCUGGAAUCAAGAACCAUGACUAUCCAGAAGCCAUUGAUAAUAAUUCACAAGACGGAAGAGGCAAAGAGAUAG